AUGGAGCGGGCGGCGGGCGAGGCCCGGCCCCUGCUGCCCGCCCCGGGGGGCUCCGCCGCGCUCCCCGCCCCCGGGCUCUCCUCCGCCGGCGCCGUCUUCAUCCUGCUCAAGUCUGCGCUGGGCGCGGGGCUGCUGAGCUUCCCCUGGGCCUUCGGCAGAGCCGGCGGGGCCGUGCCCGCCCUCCUGGUGGAGCUGGGCUCGCUGGUGUUCCUGGUGAGCGGGCUGGCCGUGCUGGGCUAUGCGGCGGCUCUCAGCGCCCAGCCCACCUACCAGGGGGUGGUGCGGACGGUGUGCGGGGCGGCCGUGGGGAAGCUCUGUGAGCUCUGCUUCCUCCUCAACCUCUUCAUGAUCUCCGUGGCCCUUCUGAGAGUGGUGGGUGACCAGCUGGAGAAACUGUGCGACUCCCUGUACCCCAACGGGACGCUGAGCGGGGCCCCCCAGCUGCCCCCCUGGUACGUGGACCAGCGCUUCACCCUCUCUGCUCUCUGUGUCCUCGUCAUCUUCCCACUCUCUGUCCCCAGGGAGAUUGGCUUCCAGAAGUACUCCAGCAUCCUGGGCACACUGGCUGCCUGCUACCUCACUCUGGUCAUCAUCCUGAAAUACUACCUGCAGGCAGAGAGCCUGAGCUUGACCAGCCCCCCCCAGCCCUCCAGGUCUUCCUCCUGGGCCUCUGUCUUCAGUGUCAUUCCCACCAUCUGCUUUGGCUUCCAGUGCCACGAGGCGUGUGUGGCCAUCUACAGCAGCAUGAGCAACCAGAGCUUCUCCCACUGGGUCACCGUCUCCGUGCUCUCCAUGCUCGUCUGCCUGCUCAUCUACUCCCUCACGGGGCUCUAUGGCUACCUGACCUUCGGCGAGGCCGUGGCCUCCGAUGUCCUGAUGUCCUACCCCGGGAACGACCCGCUCGUCAUCGUCGCCCGCCUGCUCUUCGGCGUCUCCAUCGUCACCAUCUACCCCAUCGUGGUGCUGCUGGGCAGGUCGGUGGUGAAGGAUUUGUGGGCAGCCCCCAAGCGCGGGGCCGCGGCGGUGUCGGAGGCGCAGGAGCGGCGGGGCCGGGUGGCACUGACUGUCACCUGGAUGGGCACCACCCUCGCCAUCGCCCUCUUCGUCCCUGACAUUGGGAAAGUCAUCGAGCUCAUCGGGGGCAUCAGUGCCUUCUUCAUCUUCAUCUUCCCAGGGCUGUGCCUGGUGUGCAUGACCGGGACCCGCAGCCUCGGACCACGCAAAAAGGCUGCUCUCAUCGCCUGGGGUGUCCUCUCCGUGCUGGGCGGUGCCUUUGUCUGCGGGCAGAGCGCUGCCCUGGCCGUGCUGGGGCUGCUGCGCUGAGGGCUCACAGCCCCACCGGGACUCCCACCAGCACCCCUCCUCCACGGCCCCCUCCUCCAUGGCCCCUCCACCGCCUCCCCCAGCCCACGGCCCCGACAGAGCCCCGGACACAGCACUGGAUCCCAUCGCGUUUAUUUGGCAUCACGGCCCCGUUGUACAGUGGCUAAUAAAGACAGGACAGGGUAUCA